AUGUGGGGGAAAAUGGGCUUCCAUCGAUCGCGAAAGCCGGUCAUUGGGAAUCCCACCUUGAUCGACAAGACUCUGAACGAUAGUGUCUAUCAGUCCUGGUCUCGCGCUCCAGGCACUCAGGGCAGUGACACUCGCUCCCUGACUCCUCCUAGGCAAGUAAAAGUGGUCGACAACCAAGCGGACUCGCUGUUUCCUGCGCAGCACCCAUACUCAAGUCGCAGGGUCGCGUCUUCAUCCAACGCCCCCAGCGUCGCCCCCAGCAUUGCAUCAGACGAUCUCUUUGACCACCGCUCAGUCAGCUUAACAGAUCUGCCGCUAGAGACCGGUCUGUAUGAUAACAAUGACAGUCGGCCUGAAAGCGUGGAAAUCUCCCCUCCCGACUCACCCUUUUCCCUAAGUCGCCCACCGCUUAGUCGCGGCAGCUCCCGCGUCUCUCCCAUAGAGGACGAAUCCAGGCAGGAUCCUGGUAGCGACCCCAUGGGGAAGAAAGAGAAUUCUAGGUUUACCAGUCAUUUGCCAGUGCGCAAGAUUGGUGCCCACCCAGCCUAUUAUUAUCCCGCGGCAAACCCGUCCUUUAAAGACCACGCGACUAGGCGGGACAACUUUUCGAGGGGCUCGACGUCCAGCAACUCCGGCGGGUUCGGACAGCGGACCUCGGGCAAUGUUUCAUUACGCACGGACAUUUCAGCGACUCCUCCGUCAUCCCAGGGGUCUAUCCUUCGUGAAUGGGGCAAGGAAAGUGCCCGAAAGCCCCCGUCAGAGCCACGCAUCCGCGAGCCUUGGAAGGGACCGAGUGGACGAUCGCCGAUAGUGAAUCCUAUUCAGGAACGACCCAGAGCGAACACUAUCCGCACCUACGAUCAAAUGAAAGCGCGCAAUGGCUCAGCCUCUAACUUAGCGGCUUGCGGUAUUGUCCCUACUGUGGUAACGACAAUCACAGCCGGGGAUAAUCGGCCACCCGACAGACACCAUAUCACUACCAGGAACAAUCCCCGUACCAGGACACCCGAGGCAAUCACUCCGACUGUCCGUAGCAGCAACCGCCCACCACCUCGGGUCGAGCUUCCAGAACCAGAACCGGACUGGGAAUCCUCGUUGAUGGAUCUCAAGUUGACAACCCACGACCUGGCUGAUGAGCCCACAAGCCGCUUCAGCGCAACCACUUACGAACCUACAGAAACAGGCAGCUCAAUAGGGAGCAAGCGCAAUAGCAUCGAUACUAUCACUGACACUGCUUCUGUGUCCACGGAAUAUCAGCCUUCCAUCAUGUCCCGAAGCCGACCGGUACCGAGCACAGUUGCUCCUGGGAAGAAGCCUACAAGAAAGCCCACGCCUUCCCAAGCUGCCGUGGAGGCGGAAGCGGUCAAAGAUGCCCCUGCCAUCACUCCACAGCAACAGACCCAGAACCGAAUAGAUGCGCUAGAAGCCCGCAAAGAAACCCUUGCACGCCGCAAGGCAAAUAUUAACACGAUCAUCUACGAGUUGACGCAAGCGAUUCAGCCGAGCUCCGUCGCCUACGACAUGGCUGCCAGGGAUGAGGUGAAGAAAACGGUCGCCAGUCUCGAGAACGAACUCGCGGAGAUCAAACGGGAAGAACAUGAGAUUGGUGUGAAACUACUGAAAGCCUGGAAAAAGCGUGAUGAGCUCGAUGGCUGUAGCGGAGGCUCCGGUCUCUGGGUCAGUCGCGUGACCAGUUGA